CUUAGCCCUUGACGAACAAAAAGAACUUGAACCAACAAAAACAGUGUCAAAAUGCAAAGUUCGCCCUACUUGCUUGCUCGCUAACGGGUUACCAGAUCAACGCAGUCGCUGUGAAGCCAUGGCCCAGAAUAUAUUUAAAGAGAUAGAGAAGGGCAACUUGGCGGGACUCAAGCGCUGCAUUUCGUUAUACUCCACAUGCACUACCGCCAAGAACCCCGUGUCGGGUGCGACGCCGCUCCACCUCGCGGCUGCGGCGGGUCUCCCAGCGUUUGUGAGGGAGCUUCUCCUGCACGGCGCACCUCAUGACGUCAUGGACAACUCGGGCAACGUGCCCCUGCACCUGGCAGCAGAGCAGGGAUCUGUGGAAAGCGUUGUGGAGCUCCUCACUGGGCCGGGCCGGAAGCUGAUGGUCAAGCAGAAGAACCGCGACGGCCAGACUCCGCUUCACUUGGCAGUCCGCAACAGCCACAUUGAGGUCGUUGCGAAGCUGAUUGACGCCGGAGCACGGACCGAUGCCAAGGACAAGGCGGGCAACACUCCCCUCGAGCUGGUGGACGGUCAGAACGAGGGGAUGCUUGAGCUGCUGCUUGCCGUGCCCACCAGCAGCGGCCCCGCGGGCGGGGGUGGGGGCGGGAACACUCCCCUGAAUGCGUCGGCCACAAUUCGAGCAUCCACAGACACGCCCCUCAGCGCCUAUCGUAACGCGCCCGGCGGAGGCACCACGCCCGCACCCCGAGGUGUGGCGGGCACACCGUCGUCUGCACGGCCCACGUCUGCAGUGGGCGCCGGAGCACGGACGCCGCUGGCUGGCAGCGGCACGCCGGCUGCAGGGGCCAGGAGCGCGCUACCGCGCACGUCAGUCCAUGUUGGCGCUGGCCAGCUGACGCCUGGGGCCGGUGCCGGAGCAGCUGGCAGCGGCACAGGGGCGCCCACGACCGGCCCCACGGUGGCGAUGCAGCUGCAGAAGCACGACCACGCCAUUCAAGAGCUGCAGAGCGACAUGCGGGCAGCGACGGAACGGCUGGGUGCAGUGGAUGCUACAGCGCAUGCACAGAUUGAGUCUGCCGCGCAGCUGGAGCGAGCGCUGGAGCUGACGGGCAAGCACAACCGUGCGCUAUCCGAGCUGGAGGAGCGGGUGGGCUUCGCGGAGGAGCGCGGAAAGGACACCCGCGGCCGACUGGAGCGUCUGGAGGACGGCGAGCGCUCGCUGCAGGAAACGGCGGGGCGGCUGUCGUCGGAUCAGCGGGGUUUGGGCGCACAGCUGCGGGAGCUCUCGGAGCAGGUGGUGCUGCUCAGCAGCAGCGCGGCACGCACCGUCGCUUCAGACUCCUCCGCCACCAGCCACGCCAACCACGCGCUGCACACGGAGCUGGCAUCGCUGCGGGCGCAGGUGGACCAGCUGGCUCCCGCGCUGGCGGUGGCGACCGCGGCCAGCGCCGAGGCUCGCGCCGUGUCCAGCCGGCUGGAUGCGGUGCAGCAGCAGCAUGCGGCUGGCGGCAGCAUUGUGCUGGAGCAGCAGGUGGUGCAGCUGCAGGCGCAGGUCCAGCUGUUGCAGCUGCCGGUGGCGACGCUGACGCAGCAGUGCGCGGAGCUGUCCUCCAAGCUUGCGGGCCUGUCUGAGUGGCAGCACCAGGCGCAGGCAGAGCUGGCUCGGCUAGCAGCUGCGCCGGCACGCACCAGCGACGCGCCGAACGGCGAGGGGCUAUCAGACACGCUUACGACAGUGCUGGGCACCACCUCGGCUGCGCUGGCGGAGCUCAAGCAGCAGCAAGACGCGACGGCACGGCAAGUGGCCGCACUGCUGCAGAUGCAGGCCGGGUUGCAGGCGUCGCCCGGAUCCCCUGGGCCCGGCACGCCCACUCCGGCCGUGCCAUCCACUCCGAACGGCGGAGCAGGGCGCAGCAGCCUUGGAGGCACAGGGACGCCUCUGGGCGGCCUGGGGUCCUACACGCCGCAGCAGCCGGGCGAUUUGCGGGCGGAGGUGGAGGCGCUUAGAGCGCUGCUAGGGGAUCUGAAGAAGGACAUGGCCACCGAGGGCGGUAGCAUCCGCCGCGAGUGGCAGCGCGCGUUCAGCGACAUGCAGUCGCGCUACGGCGAGCAGGCGAACGAGCUGCGGGCGCGCGAGCAGAACAUUGCGAAGCUCAGGGAGGCCGCGCUAGUGGAGGAGGCUGAGCGGCGCGCGCAAGCGAGCUAUGAGGACAAGUACCUGAAGCGGCUGACCAAGCUGGAGACCGGUAUGGAGUACAUGACGCACCGGAUGGAGGUGUUGGAGGAGCAGCUGUCCGGGCUCAGCGCCACCGUCAACGGCGGCCUCAGCCCCUCGGCAGCAGUAUCGCCGUCGCGCGCGCACGGGCCCGGGGCUGCAGCGGCCGCUGGCGCGCGGUCCACACCGCGCAGCGGCGCCGGCCCGGUCUCGGAGCACAGCUUCGCGACGCCAGUUUCGCAAGUGACGUCAGCGGCGGCAGCCAGCCUGCUCUCAUCGCUGGCAGCGACGCCGCUGGCGGGCGUGAGCAAGGCCCAGCCGGCAACACGUGUGGCAGCGGACCUUGCGGCGCUAGGCGCAGCUCAGCCCAGCGGAAUAGUCAACAAGGAGGCGGCGCCGGCAACGGGCGGCCUGCUGUGGAAGGGGGCGCUCUUCGCGGUCAGCUCGCCGAGCAAGGCCAGCGCUGGCGGGAGAACGUUGGUGCAGCAGCCGCUGCCAGAGCCGCAGCAGGGCCAGCAGGUGGGGUGCAGCGGCAACGACGGUGGGCAGGAGCCAUGGUGGCGCCCUGCACAUGAGCAACAGGAGCAGGGUGCGACAUGGCCCCCCCACCCGCAACAGCAACACCCGCCGACCGCUUACGGGCAAUGCCGGCUCGGGGUGGUGGCGCCGGCAUUAGCCAUGGCGGCUGCUGUGUCUGCAGCGGGCCCGUCGCAGCAGGCCGCGUCAGCAGGCCAGUGGCAUGGGGCCCAGCUCGUGCAGCAGCAGCCGUGUGCACCCAUGCGCGUUCACCAGGGCCAACAGCACGGUGCCUCUGCCCUACCGGUGCUGUCGCCUGGAGCAGCUGACCCGGCCAGUGUGGCAGCAGCCUCGCCGCAGCUUCAGAUGCUGCCUGUGCACGCCCAGUCGGUACUGGCGCCCAGCAUGGACAUACAGCGGCUCGCGGCCGCGGCCCACCUCCAGCAGCAGUUGCAGCAGUUGCAGCAAUUGCAACUGCAACACCAGCAGAAGGGUGGGAUGCACACCGCAGCGGGCACCGCUGGCGCUGAAGCUGGAAGCGCGCCGGCGCCUGCUGCAGCAGGGUCGGGGCAAUGCGAUGGCAUCAAAGCACGCCCCCGGGAGCCACCCGCGUGCUUGAAUUGCACCGUGCAGUAGAGGACAAGGUGGCCAGUCUGGCCAUUGAGACGUCCUUAUGCAUUCCCGCUGCUUUUCGUGCGGAAGGGGUGCCGCAUAAUGUGUGCGCAUCCAAUUGCGGCGCAUCGCUAGGGUUUGACUCGAAGGACUAAGGUUCGAGGGAAGGCUCUAAUUAGGUGGUAUUUAGCUGACACCCUUGCGCAUGCAUUGCAUCAUGCAACUUCUGGUUCAGUGAAAGUUGGUACACGGACAGGCGUGCGAGGUCACGCUUCUGGAAAGAUUGGAUUUGUUUCCGCUGCCUCUGCAGUACUGCAUAUGGCGGUAGAACUACGUCACCGCAUGAUAUAUCGAUAAGUUGCGCGUGGGGGCCGUGCGUCGAGCCGAGAUCAAAGACGGGAGAGUCGUUCCACUCGUUCGGCAUGGAGCCCGUUAACGUGUGCACAGGUGCUGCUGUUAAUUAUAUAUAUGACAUGUUCUUCUUUGAUACCGCACAGACGCUAGCUAAGCCGGGCCUUUGCCUUGGGUGAUUGUGACACUUUGCUCUUGAGGACAACGUCUCUUGAGGUCGUCGUAUUAUUAUUGUGUGAUAGUAUCUUAUGAUAUGCAAAGUAUUUUGUCACACUGCGCGUUGCUGCGAUUGCGUCUUUCGUUGGGCGGGCUCCAGCUUACUCGGAGG